CCUACGAAGACAGCUAUCAUUUUGACAGACAGGGUUUAACAAUGAGGGCAAUAGGCUGCCUACUGCUGUUGCUGUCUGUGGUGACCGCCUCUACACACUUCUACCCCGAGCUCUCCAUUGUUAAGGGGACAGCACUGAGACUAGGACUCGUUGAUGAAAGCGGAAUAAACGGUGUCGUUUACUACGUUCUUUCAAAUGGCCAAGAAAGAAUAUACCAAGUCGAAGAAAAAAACGAUGAUGAUAUAUGGGAAUUUGUCGACGUCGACGCAAAUGCCCACACGGGUGAUUUAGUAGAAUACAAAACGUCUGUCUUGUAUAACAACAACUGGAUCGAAUCCGAGUGGAACAAAGUCAUUCUUGUUCCCAAAGACUUAAUGAUGCCCAGGAAAAGUAAACGAUCCUACACAGUGUUCAGGGAUGACUUCAACUCCUUCAACAAGGCCUCCUACACCAUAGAAGUCAGCUCCUGGGGUGGAGGGAAUGGUGAGUUCCAAGUUUAUACCCCAGAAUACAACAAUGUACACGCAGCGAAUGGUUACCUUUACUUGAAACCGACACUCACUGUAGACCAUCACGCAUUUGAUAAUGGAAAACUUUACAACGGAAGGAUGGACUGCAACAGUUUAUGGGGAACUUGCACAAAUGGAGUAAACUGGGGAUGUGACAGAACAUCAUUUGGACAAGAAAUUCUUCCACCCAUAAUGUCUGGAAAAGUGACGUCACAUGCCGCCAUCAAAUAUGGACGUGUCAAUGUGCGAGCAAGAAUUCCAAAAGGAGACUGGAUUUGGCCAGCUAUUUGGCUGCUUCCAAGGGAUAAUCAUUAUGGUGGAUGGCCAAAGUCAGGAGAAAUCGAUAUGAUGGAAUCCAAAGGAAACAUAAGGGCAAUGGAUGGUGGAUCUAACCACGGCGUGAGUUACGUUGCCUCCACAUUGCACUGGGGACCGGAUUAUUCACAUAACGCUUACUACCUCACACACAGCGGGAAGCACUCAAAUGGCGGAGACUGGCACGGAUGGCAUACUUACUCAUUGGAGUGGACAGAUAGGCACAUUAUAACGUACGUUGACAACCAAGAAAUCCUUCACGUCACAACCCCUGCACAAGGUUUCUGGAACUGGGCUCACUUUUCAGGUCACAACAUUUGGGGAAAUUCCCACAAUGCUCCUUUUGACCAAUACUUCCAUCUCCUCCUUAACGUAGCGGUAGGCGGGGGUUAUUUUGGCGACAACUCCCAGUACAAUACCCCUAAACCCUGGCACGGUGGUUCCUCCCACCCGAUGAGGGACUUCUGGGAAAAAAGAGGCGACUGGCUACCCACGUGGCACGGAGAUGACGUUGCCAUGUUAAUUGACUAUGUUGAAAUGAUUCAGUAUUGAUAUUGAUGACAAAACUUUUCAAGUUUCAAAAUUUAAAAUCAGUAAGAUAAAUAUCUGAGAUAUAUAUACAAUAUCCAAAUUAGUUUCUAUAAAUAACAGUGGUCAGAGUUUUUCGAAUAUAGGAUGUAUACUUUGUACUUAGUUGUACUUGCUAGUUGUUUUAUGAAUAAAUGGAUAAAUUUUCCAAUGAACGAUGAAAUAAUUGCA